AUGACAACAGCUUUUGACCAAUACAAUGUGGGCUGCGCCUAUAGGAAGUUAGAUAAAGCUCAUAUUAACGAAUGUUCAACUUCUCCGUGUAAAAAUAGCGCAACGUGCAACAAUCUUCUGAACGCGUACUCGUGUACAUGCUCACCGGGCUGGCAGGGAACGAACUGUGACCAGGAAAUCAACGAAUGCGUAGCUGUCCCGUGUAAAAACGGCGCAACUUGCAACGACCUUCUUAACGCGUAUUCGUGUACAUGCGCACCGGGCUGGCAAGGAACGAUUUGUGACCAGGAUAUCAACGAGUGCGCACCUGCCCCAUGUAAAAACAACGCCACGUGCAACGACCUUCUGAACGCGUACUCGUGUACAUGCGCACCGGGCUGGCAGGGAACCAACUGUGAACAAGAUAUUAACGAAUGCUCAACUUCUCCGUGUAAAAAUAGCGCAACGUGCAACAACCUUCUGAACGCGUACUCGUGUACAUGCGUACCGGGCUGGCAGGGAACGAACUGUGACCAGGAAAUCAACGAAUGCGUACGUGUCCCGUGUAAAAACGGCGCAACAUGCAACGACCUUCUGAACGCGUACUCUUGUACAUGCGAACCGGGCUGGCAGGGAACCAACUGUGACCAGGAUGUCAACGAAUGCGCACCUGCCCCUUGUGAGAACGGAGCCACGUGUUACAAUCUCCUCAACGCGUAUUCCUGCACGUGCGCACCAGGCUGGCAGGGAACGAACUGUGACCAGGAUAUCAACGAAUGCGCGACCGUCGCAUGUAAAAACAACGCCACGUGCAACAACCUUCUGAACGCGUACUCGUGCACUUGCGCACCGGGCUGGCAGGGAACGAACUGUGACCAGGAUGUAAACGAAUGCGCACCUGUCCCUUGUGAGAACGGAGCCACGUGUUAUAAUCUCCUCAACGCGUAUUCCUGCACGUGCGCACCGGGAUGGCAGGGAACGAACUGUGACCAGGAUAUCAACGAAUGCGCACCCGUCCCAUGUAGAAAUAACGCCACGUGCAACAACCUUCUGAACGCGUACUCGUGUACAUGCGCACCGGGCUGGCAGGGAACGAACUGUGACCAGGAUGUCAACGAAUGCACACAUGCCCCUUGUGAGAACGGAGCCACGUGUAACAAUCUCAUAAACGCGUAUUCCUGCACGUGCGUACCGGGCUGGCAGGGAACGAACUGUGACCAGGAUAUCAACGAAUGCGCGACCGUCCCAUGUAUAAACAACGCCACGUGCAACAACCUUCUGAACGCGUACUCGUGCACGUGCGCACCAGGCUGGCAGGGAACGAACUGUGACCAGGAUAUCAACGAGUGCACACAUGCCCCUUGUCAGAACGGAGCCACGUGCAACAAUCUUCUGAACGCGUACUCGUGCACUUGCGCACCGGGCUGGCAGGGAACGAACUGUGAACUGGAUAUCAACGAGUGCGCACCUGUCCCUUGUAAGAACGGAGCCACGUGUAACGAUCUUCUCAACUCGUAUUCCUGCACGUGCGUAACUGGAUGGCAGGGAACAAACUGUGACAACGAUAUCAACGAAUGCGCACCUGCCCUUUGUAAGAACGGAGCCACGUGUUAUAAUCUCUUCAACGCGUAUUCCUGCACGUGCGUACUGGGCUGGCAGGGAACGAACUGUGACCAGGAAAUCGACGAAUGCCAGCAGGGUCCCUGUAAGAACGGCGCCAAGUGCAGCGACCAUCUGAACGCGUACACGUGCACUUGCCAAUCAGGCUGGCAGGGGAAAAAUUGUGACCAGGUUUCGCACUUGACUGUUGUUGGUGACGUGUUCCUUUUCAUAAACAAAGAACAGUAUGGUAUAAUAGGAUUUCUCUUCUAA